AUGGAGUACAUGCUUCAGUAUCAUGAAAUCAACUUUGACUCGGUGACAGAAAUUAUAGAUGAGACUACUAACUAUGUCGCAGGCGUUAUUCCAACACUCGAUGAUGUCACAGGUACAGAUCUAGAUGUAAUUGUUAAGGUUACUGACUUCAACCCACAAGCUUUGAGUAGAACUGAUCUCGACGUCUAUACAAUCGACCUGCGAAGCAACAUAAGAGAGUCCAUCCCCAGCGAAGAGAAUGACAUCUGCGCAAUUUGCCACAACGAGCUUGGUGCAAGUGGAGAUUUGAACACUUUGGUAUGCAACCAUUCAUAUCAUCACCAGUGCAUCUUAGGCUGGAUCAAGAUGAACUUAACCUGCCUAGUAUGCAGAACAACGCUUGCUUAG